GAGGGGAAGGCGACGCGCGCCUUGAUGUCGGAGCUGAAGAGCGUGAUGAAGGAUCGGCUCUUGACCGCGAUCGUGGAGACGGACAGUUAUGAACUGGAUGCUACGGAGGCGCCUCGAAGUGCGAACUGCCCGCGCAGCACGGGACCACAUGGCCCGGCGGCGGCCCCGUGGGCGCCCGAGCCGCCGCCCUCGCUGGACCUCUCGAAGGGCAUCAGCCGGAGGACCGAGAGCGAGAGCCCCUCGGUGGCCACGAGGCUUCGUGCCAAGGACUCGGAGAAGGCCACGUCGUCGGACACCGAGAGCUAUCCGCAACUCAGUUCCCGCAGCAUCCAGUCCCUGCGAAGCGACGCGCGCACCUCCUUCGAGGAUCCCCAACCAGCCAGCCGGCGGAUGGAUGUGGACUCCUUGUUGGCCUCUCUCGAAGAGGAGACGACCAGCCGUCAUGCACCUUCGCCGGAAAGGCCGAAGACUUUGCAAGAUGUAGAUAGCUUAUUGGAGGAUUUAGAUGCCGCGCUGAUGACGUGAGGAAAACGGAGGGCGCGGGGAUGGCGCCCAGUGUCGUUUUCGAUGCCAAUCCCAUGGAGUGAUUUCUAAGAAUCCGAACGGGCUCUCUAUGGCAGGGGUCGGACCUUCUCCACCGAAAACGCAGGGGUCCGGGCCCUCACCUGGCCGCCCUAUGUGUAGAAGACCUUUUGCUUUGUCCACUUCGUCCCCACAGGGCGAAAAUCACUCAAUCAGACGGUGAAUGCCUUGCAUUGGUGCAUGCCUUGCUUAGUUGCCUUGGCCGAGCAUCGUUGCAGUGACACG